GCAUUCGACUAAAUUCUCUGGCUUAUAGGUUAUUCUUCUUUGAUAGGUCUACUUUCAUAGGCUUUCCACAGUUAAUCAUGGUUAGAUUUAAAUUUUAAUCAUUAAAUUAAAUUUAUGACACGUGUCACUAACUUCCGAUAUUGGGUUUGAUGAUAUUGUUAUACUAUUUGCGUUGGACACGUGGCAGUAGAUUACAGUUAAUUAACACGUGUCUUCUGCCUCCAUCUUCAGACGCCAACACGUGUCCAAUUCGAUAUUUAAAAUAAACAUCACCGCCAUUAUCCAUACUUUCACCUUUGCGAUACAAUCCUAUUAAUACCCCAAAUCUUCUUCUUCAAAUUUUGUAUCAAUGCUCCUUUUAGUAAAAUUUGUGUGUAACAUUGCAAAAAUCGCAGACUUGUUGUUCUUCAUCUUUGGUCCUCUGACUGUCUAUUUAGCCAAUUGAUAAGAAAAAAAUGGGUUUCGUUGGAGUUCCGAUCUGUGUGCAGUGUGGCAAUGCUAGCAAUCCUUGUAGGUGCAAGGUGGUGGGGCCAACACUUGGUUUCUUGGCAUUUGCUGCGGCAGCAAUUGUAGAAUGGCCGGUUGGUGCUCUGGUUUAUGUGUUCCGUCACUCCAAGGGACGCCGGAUUAUGGGUCAUCCAGCAACCGUCAUUUAUCCUUCAGUCACCAACUCUAUUCCUAUUUAAUUUUCCUUUCAACAAAGAUCAGGUGCUUUGUUUGUAGCGUGACAAUAAUAAUAUAUAAUGUAUGAUGCUUUAAAUAAGCAUUAGUUUUUUUUUGUGUACUUGUAUCAAGUUUGGUUGGGGUUAAAUAAGCUUGAUGUG